AUGAGUGGCAUGUCAGGCAUCACUGUACCGGCGUUGGACUGGGACGCCGCGGACUUACCCACGGCUUUCCGCCGCUUCCGGAACUACGUUAACCAUGUCUUCGGUGGCCCACUCGCCGACCAGACUAAGGAGGCUAAGGCAUCGUACCUCAUGCUGUGGCUUGGACCCGUCGGCAUAGAGCUAUUGGAGACUUUUAACUUGUCUGCAGAAAUGAAGAAGGAUGUGGGGUGCAUUCUUGAUCGUUUUGAGACUCACUGUGCACCGAAAACUAACUUUCGUCUGGCUCGCUACAAUUUCCUGAAGUUAAAGCAACAUGAAAGUGAGUCAUAUGACAACUUUAUUGCACGUCUGAGGAUUCAAGCCGACAAGUGCAAGUUUGGUGAGUCGAAAUGUGAGAGGAUCCUAGAACAGUUAAUUGCUGGUGCUACCCACGAGAAAGUGCAGGAAAAACUUCUAGCCAAGGAUGAAAAGUUCACUUUGGAUCAAGCUAUUGAUGUGUGUCGUACAUUUGAAGCCAACAAGGCUCACCUGGCAGAGUUUACGAGUGAUACUCCUCGUUCCGGUGUGGUCCAUACAUCUAAAGUGACACGUCAGCAGCCACAACCUCUUAGUGGAUGUUCAUAUUGUGGUAGGACUCAUGGCUUCGGUCGUUCCCGGUGCCCCGCUCGAAACUCAAAGUGUAGUUUCUGUGGCAGGAUUGGACACUGGGUGGUGGUGUGCCGGGGUAAAUUGCAUCAGCACCGUGAACAGCACAUUUCCCCCGCACAGUCUCAGCCAUCCUCUCGUGCUUCUCGAGACGCGACUUAUAAACCACUGCCUCUACGAGCCAUCCAUGAAGCACAGUUUGCCGAUGUUACAACACCUUCAGUCACGGAUACAAGUGAAGAGGAAGACCGAUUAGUGUUUCACUCCGUCAACAUCUACAGUAGCACAACUGCUCGGGUAAGAAAAGACGCUUUUGUUGACGUCCUUGUUUCCAUCCCUGGCCAGCCCCGCAACCAUGUUCUACAUGCAAAGAUUGAUACGGGAGCAGAUGGAAAUAUCUUGCCCCUACGUUGCUUCAAUAUGUUGCCACCAGGGUUGUUGCUGCGAAAGGAAAAUGUAAGAAUAACUGCCUAUAACAACUACCCCAUACCUCAUCACGGCUCGGUAACCCUGAAAACUCAGCAUGGUUCAGUUAGUUGUGAAGCAAUAUUUUACGUCGUUGAGACAGACGGCCCUAUAAUACUAGGUUUGCCGACUUGUGAGCAGCUUCGUGUGAUUACAAUUCAUACCCACAGCGUCCAUAUGAACCCGGACGGCCACGCAGCAACGGCCGCCAUGCUGGUUAAUAACAGCUUGCCUGUUAAGUCCACGAAGCACCUUCAUAGCCUGUACCCUGACUGCUUCGAAGGUCUCGGUCGGUUCAGCGGUACAGCACACAUAGAGUUAGACCCUGAUACCCGACCUGUUGUGCAUCCUCCACGAAAAUGCCCGAUCCACCUUCGUGAAGCUUUAGAAAAGGAAUUGGAUCGGAUGCAGAAACUAGGGGUUAUAGAAAAGAUGGAUGACCCUACGGAAUGGGUUUCGAGCCUUGUUGUGGCUCGUAAACCUAACGGCUCCUUGCGUGUGUGUCUGGACCCGAAGGACUUGAACAAUGCCACUAAAAGGCCUCACCACCGUCUGAUUACACCAGAGGAAGUAACACAUCAGUUAUCGGGCUCGACUGUGUUCACAAAAUUGGAUGCGAUGUCUGGGUAUUGGUGCGUAGUACUCGACGAUGAGUCAAGCAGGGCCACGACCUUCAAUACGCCGUUUGGACGCUACCGCUUCCUCAGGAUGCCCUUUGGUUGGUGCGGAGCUCAAGAUGUUUUCCAAAAGAAGAUGGAUGAAAUAUUAAACGGCUUAAGUGGGGUAAUGAGCAUCGCCGAUGACAUUUGUGUUCACGGGAAAGAUCGGACCGAACACGAUCAAAGACUACACCAGUUCAUGCAGAGAGCUCGGGAACGCGGACUUGUUCUAAAUCUCUCUAAGUGUCACGUGGGACUAGCGGAAGUAACUUUCUUUGGACACAGUUUCUCAGACUUAACCCAUCGUUUGCGCCAACUCCUUAAGGAAGACGUGUCGUUCGAAUGGUUACCAGAAUACCAGUCUGAUUUCGAGACGUUGAAAGGAGCCAUUUCUUCGGAGACAACACUGGCCCAUUACCGGCCGGACCUGCCAGUUAGCGUCGAAGUGGACGCGUCAAGUUUCGCGAUCGGGGCCGUGCUGCAGCAAGAAGGGCGUCCGGUGUGCUAUGCAUCAAAAAGUCUCACUGAUACGGAACAACGUUACGCCAACAUAGAGCGGGAAAUGCUAGCGGUUGUAUUCGGGUGUGAGCGAUUUCGCACCUAUCUCUAUGGUCGGUCAUUUACGGUAAUAACCGAUCAUAAGCCCCUCGAGAUGGUUACUCGGAAACCAUUGAACAGUACACCAGCACGGUUGCAGCGCAUGCUACUCCGGUUGAUGGAAUACGAUGUCACUGUGCAGUAUCGGCCUGGGAGGAUGAUGCUGGCUUCGGAUGCACUUUCGCGUCUCCCUGCCGACCGUGGAAUUCCUGUACCCAUGGACAUGGAUGUGCGCGUCGACCUUGUGCACUUUUCACCUGAGCGUCUGGAGAAGUUACGGCGUGCAACUGCAAGCGAUGAGGAACUUUCCCUAGUAAGGCGUACAAUUUUGGAUGGAUGGCCUGAUCGACGGUGUCAGCUAAACCCGCAAAUUCGUAACUACUGGAGUGUUAGAGACUCGUUGGUGAUUGAUGACGGCAUCAUACUGAAGGAGACGCAGCCGUCAUACCAAAACCUCUACGUGCGUGGUAUAUCGAAAGACUCCAUGAUGGUCACCAAGGGCGCGUGA